AUGUUGACGUGUGAUCAUCCUAUACUCCCGGAUCGGUAUGAUGAAAGAGUUGAGGAUCAUUUAAGGGUAACAGGUUUUUAUUAUGCGUCCCAGAUUGGAAUAGUCCAAAAUCAGAAGGCAUUGGUGAAUGCUUUAGUUGAAAGGUGGCAUCCAGAUACACAUACCUUUCACCUUCCUAUUGGUGAAUGUGCUGUGACGCUAGAAGAUGUGGCCUUAAUUCUCGGUCUUCCGACGGACGGUCUUCCAGUCACAGGGAUGACUAUUAGUAGCUUUGAUGCCUUAAAGGCGGAGUGUCUCCAUCAAUUCGGGGUUGCACCAAGAAAGUCAGAGUGUAGAGGGAGCUGUAUAAAACUGACAUGGCUUCGAGAUCUAAGAGAACGCUUACAUUUGGUUGAUGAGAUCAGUAUACAGAGGUACGUGAAGUGCCACAUAAUGUUGUUGAUCGGUACGAUAUUGUUUGGAGACAAGUCUGGAGCAUCUGUGCACUGGAAAUAUCUGCCCUUGCUAAAUGAUUUUGACAGUAUCGGACAAUACAGUUGGGGUUCCGCAUGCCUAGCCCACCUUUACAGGGCAUUAUGUAGAGCAUCUCGUUAUGACUGUAAGGAGAUCGAUGGUCCACUCAUACUGUUGCUCGUGUGGGCAUUUAUGCGACUACCGUACCUAGCUCCGGUUCCGAGAGAACCCCACAGUUUUCCACUUGCAAAUAGGUGGCGUAACUGGGAGCGUGGAGACCGACGCUUUAGGUAUCUAAAACUUGCUCACAUUAGGAAGGCACUCGAUGAUCUUCAGGAAGGGCAGUUUGUGUGGGUUGCUUAUGGUGUGGAUCGGGUGGAUCCGAACAUAAUCCCUGCUGAUAUUUACAUGCAUUCGGUUGUGUGGAGUGCUACGGUUGUAUCUCAGUCCAAAUAA